AUGACAACUCAAUCUGAAGCCAUCGAAAUCAAUCAAAUUUCACCUAAUUCUUCACUUCAGUCAACCAAAAAAUCUCCUGCACCACCUCACUCACAGAACUUCCAAUGUGGAUGCAAGCGAAGAGGCUUCUUUAUAAGACCCAGUCAGUUGUGUUUGGUACAUGGAGACUCUUCGGCAAGGCAUCCAGCCAGUGCUGUACGUGCAGUGAAGAUUAUACCUCUAUUCGGGAAUUCUGAGGGAGAGGAAGAGAAUGAUGCUGUUCUUUUCACCGAUGCACCAAGAGUGGAAGAAGAAAUUGAAGAAGAAGAAGAAGAAGAAGAAGAGGGAGAUUCUAGAGACAUUGGCAAAGGACGUGGUGAAUGGUUCUUUAUUGAUGAAUUAUGA